UGGGACGCGUUCCACUCCGCGCACGACGCCGGGGCGUUCUUCAAAGAGCGCCGAUACCUCCUCGAGGCGUUCUCGACGCCGCUGCGGCGCGGCGGGUCCGUCGUCGCGUGCGAGGUCGGCUGCGGCAGCGGCAGCGCCGCGCUGCCGCUGCUGCGCGGGUGCGAGGACGCGUUCGUGUUCGCGUGCGACUUCAGCGCCGCGGCGGUGCGAUGCGCGGAGCGCGCGGUGAAGGCUGCGGACGACGCCGACGCCGACGGCGGUCGCGCUGCUCGGAUAGGGAAUCGAUUCCGCGCGUUUCGCUGCGACCCGUCGUCGGCGUCGCUCCUGGACGCGGUCCAAAAAGCCCUCGUCGCCGGCGGGCCCGUCGCGGAGCCGUGCCCGCCGGCGCUAUCCCUCCACGCGUGGAAGAUGGGCCUCCCCAUCCUCGACGUGGUCCUCCUCGUGUUCGUCCUCAGGCGCGUUCCCGCGGUCCCGCCGGGGGACGCGUCGGCGACGUUUCUGAAGAGCGUCUUCGCCGCGUUGGCGCCGGGCGGCGUCGUGUGUUUUCGCGACUACGGGAUCUACGACCACGCCAUGCUGCGGUUUUCGCCGUCGCAGAGAACCGAGGAGCGGACGUACGUCAGAGGGGACGGCACGCUCGCGAGGUUUUUCACCGUGGAGGAGGCGAGGGACGCGUUCGGAGCGGCCGGGUUCGUCGAGGUCGGCGGCGGCGAAGGCGCGGAGGCGGCGGACCAGGACCCGUUGCGGUACUGCUGCGUGCACAACGAGAACAAGCGCAAGGGGAUCAAGAUGCGCAGGGUGUUCGUGCACGGGACGUGGAUGCGCCCGAUGGACAGUUAG